AUGCGUCUCGUCCUAGUCCAAGCUCUCUUCUGCACCUUAGGCCUCGGCCUGAGCGUCUUUCCUCGCUCAAAGACCAAUAUCGGCCCUUUCAAGAACCCAGAGAUCACACCAUUUCUUCAGCUUGACCUUGCCGUCGGUCGCGAAACCAAUGUCACCGCACCCGAGAACAAUUUGAUCAUGGCCCCCAAUGUCAAAGGCGGAAAGGUGACAGGCGCUUUUGAAGCUGAUAUCCUUCCUAUUGGGGCAUCGAUUGAGAGAGGGGUCAAGACCAAGCUGGGCGAAAACAGCUUUUAUACCAAUUGGUAUAUUCUUCAAACCGCGAACAAUAAUACGAUCGGUCUUGAGGUAGACGUCAUCGUUAACUAUCGCAACAAUGCACACCAUAGCUUUGGCUUUGGCAAAUUCACAACGGAUAUCCCAGAUCUGCUGUAUCUGAAUUACAAUAUGUAUCUUAUCGAGGUCACCGGAGAUUUCAACACAGGCGGCGGGGCGGGGCAGAUCUUUGCGCUCAAGUCUGGUGGUCGAAGGGAUGGUGAGCCUAUCACGGCGCUUCUACCUGUAGGAGGGAAGGAUUAG